UUGUGUCACACUUCUAUGUUACUGAAACAGUUAAUUGGUAAAUUUAGUAUUUACAACUGUUUUACUACGUUUUUGUUAGUUCUAAUUUCCUGUCUUUUUUUAUUUGACCUAAAUUUCAGCGUAACACCUCUACUGCCAAGUAUAUUUCAUCAACCAACAAGGACUCUCAUACAAUUUAGCUUGCGGAAAGGAAAAAGGAAGACAGUAAAAGCUGUGGUUGACAGAUUUCUCCGAUUGCACUGCGGCCUUUGGCUAAGGAGAAGGGCCGGCUACAAGAAGAAACUGUGGAAAAAGAAUGCCAGGCGGAGAAAGCGCUUGAGGGAACAUGUGUUCUGCAAUAAAACACAGUCUAAGCUCCUUGACAAAAUGACCACUUCCUUCUGGAAGAGAAGAAACUGGUAUGUCAACGAUCCCUAUCAGAAAUACCAU